AUGCUGUUCCGUGAGCAAUUAUUGGCCGGUCUGGCCGUUGCCUUGUUUCCUUUAGCGACAUUCGCGCGACCGCGAACGUCUAGCAUAAAGGAACUCUCGCGGGUGGUUGUAUAUACACCACCUUCAACUUAUACGGACCCGAGAGUGCUGUACGCACGCACAGCUCAACUCCCUAAUGACGAUAUUCUAGCGACUUGGGAGAACUACAGCCCUGAACCCCCUCCGGUUUAUUUCCGUACGUUAACCAUAUAUCGCUCGAGUGAUAAGGGUGCUACCUGGACAAAGAUAUCCCAAGUUGAGGACCAAGGUUACGGAUAUGGUUUACGAUAUCAGCCAUUCCUCUACGUGUUACCAGAAGACUUCGCAGGUUAUAAAAAAGGCGAUGUAUUAUUAGCCGGUUCAUCAAUCCCCACCGACCUUUCAAAAACGCAACUUGACAUCUACGCAUCAUCCGACAGCGGUAAAACGUGGAAAUUCCUCAGCCACGUAGCAGCCGGGGGCGAGGCCAGACCAAACAAUGGCUUAACCCCCGUAUGGGAGCCCUUUUUGCUGCUUCACAAGGGAAAGCUCAUCUACUAUUAUUCGGAUCAACGAGAUUCGAAGCACGGACAGAAGCUCGUCCACCAAACCACUACGGACCUGAAAAAUUGGGGUUCAGUGGUCGAUGAUGUGGCAUACUCCACCUAUAGCCAGCGACCGGGGAUGCCUACAGUGGCUUUACUCCCUAACGGCCAAUUCAUUUACGCCUACGAGUACGGCGGAGGCCCUAACCCAGCAAACUCAGGGUCUUUCCCAGUUUACUAUCGUCUCUCAAAUGAUCCAGAGAAGUUUAAUAGCGUAACUCAUCAUGUGCUAAGAACCACUGAUGGCACUGUUCCAACUGGGUCACCAUAUGUCGUCUGGUCUUCAGCUGGCGGCGCGAACGGGACGAUUAUCGUAUCCUCGGGGUGUUGUUCUGAGGUUUAUAUCAACAAGGCGCUGGGUGCUGAGGGUGCAUGGAAGAAGGUCUCGUCGCCUGAAGGAGUCUCAUACACCAGGUCUCUGCAUGUCUUCCAGGAAGACCCCGCGUCUCUUCUGAUCGCGGGCGGAGGUCAUUUGCCUCCUAGCACGACGAAUAAGGUCACUAUUAGCGUUAUGAAUGUUCCAAGUUAGGGGCGCUUUAAAUUUUACUACAUAUGGUUAAAAACGAUUCUCAAGAAGUUCGGAUUCAAGUUGGUGUAUCAUGUUCGUUCUACUUAGACACCUAAUGUAGGGAACCACAGCGUCUCUGAGGGCGUCGCAGUUAGGCGCUGCCCCUCAUUCAGGGGCGAAUUAAAGCCGUAGGUACCUAGAAUCAUUCUAUAUGCCCGCUAAUUCCAGAAUAUCUAGGUACAUGAAGCCUAUCACCAGUAG